AUGGCUGGAGGGAGGAAUAUUACAAUAGUCACCAAAUUCAUCCUUUUGGGAUUCUCAGAUUUCCCCAAGCUCAAGAUUGUUCUCUUUGCAGUAUUCCUGGGGACUUACCUCUUGACAGUGGCCUGGAAUCUGGGCCUCAUCAUCUUGAUUAGGGUGGACUCCUGCCUACAUACACCCAUGUACUUCUUUCUUAGCAACUUAUCGUUCUUAGAUUUUUGUUACGUCACCUCCACAACCCCUAAAAUGCUCUCAGACUUCUUCCAGAAGUCUAAAUCCAUCUCCUUUAUGGGGUGCACCAUACAGUACUUCUUCUUCUCUAGCCUGGGUCUGACUGAGUGCUGUCUUCUGGCAGCCAUGGCUUAUGAUCGAUAUGCUGCCAUCUGUAACCCUCUGCUCUACACGGCCAUUAUGUCCCCCACCCUCUGUGGGCACAUGGUGGUUGGAGCCUACAUAACCGGUACCUUUGGUUCAUUGAUCCAAUUGUGUGCUUUACUUCAGCUCCAUUUCUGUGGGCCAAAUGUUAUCAACCACUUCUUCUGUGACCUGCCUCAAUUAUUAGUCCUAUCUUGCUCUGAAACCUUUUUUCUCCAAGUCAUAAAGUUUGUAAUAGCAGUGAUCUUUGGACUCACGUCUGUCUUGGUUAUCGUGAUAUCCUAUGGUUAUAUCAUUGCCACCAUCCUGAAGAUUAGCUCAGUUGAAGGCAGGUCUAAGGCCUUCAACACCUGUGCUUCUCACCUCACAGCAGUGACCUUCUUUUUUGGAUCAGGACUCUUUGUCUAUAUGCAUCCCAGCUCUGAUAAUUCUCUGGGCUAUGACAAAAUGGCAUCAGUCUUCUAUACAGUGGUGAUUCCCAUGUUGAAUCCUUUGAUUUAUAGUCUGAGGAACAAGGAAAUCAAAGAUGGACUUAAGAGGUGUAAGAAGAAGAGAGUCUUUUCCCAUUGCCACUGUUAA